AUGGACAAGUCCACUGAGAACCCCAGCAAUGACACGGUGUCCACCAAGAGCAACGGAUCCAUCAAGAGCGAUGAGAAGACGUCGACUGAUGGUGGCAUAAAUGUGGGCAUGAUGGGGAAGUUUAGAAGGAGCUUCCGGCUUCCAACAUGGAAGAAUCCUCCGUCACCUGGUGACAAGGAAUCCAAGUUAUCACCAGAAUCAGAUGAACCUGCAAAGAAGUUGGAUUCUGCGGCUUCAACACAGCCUCCGUCACCCAGUCUGAGUCCUGGCUCUGCAUCUACCUCUUCGAAGAACAACCAGAAAAAAGAGGAUGAUGAGUCAGAUGUUUCUUCUCACAAAUCCAGACAACUAACACGAUCAAACACAGAUCAUGGGGGCAGCAUCCUCAGCAGAGAAGCUCAGACCUCCCUCUCUCCAGCCACCUCCUCUUGCUUGUCUGGGAGAACACCAAGGUGUUCUCAGGCCAGCCGAGAGAUAGAGGGGCCUCCUCCCGGUCAUGUCCAGAGCACCUCACCAAGGAGGUGCCCAGGAGAACCCAUUAUCCCAAAGUUUGAUAACACAUUAAAUAGACUGAGAGAAUCUUUUCGUUGGAGACGGAAAAAGGAAGUGGAUACACUCCCCUCUGAAGACUUGAAGGAAGAAAAAGAUCUUGGCGACGGCUCUUCAGCCACCUGUCUGGAGAAUGAAGAGAAAAAAGAGGAUGAAGAGUCAGAUGUUUCUUCUCUCAAAUCCAAACCACCGACACCAUCAAAGACAGAUCUUGGCGACGGCUCUUCAGCCACCUGUCUGGAGAAUGAAGAGAAAAAAGAGGAUGAAGAGUCAGAUGUUUCUUCUCUCAAAUCCAAACCACCGACACCAUCAAAGACAGAUCCCAGUAUGCCGAGGUUUGAUAAUACAUUUAAUAGACUGAGAGAAUCCAUUCGUUGGAGACGGAAAAAGGAAGUGGAUACACUCCCCUCUGAAGACUUGGCGGAAAAAGAUCUUGGCGAUGACUCAUCAGCCACCUGUCUGGAGAAUGAAGAGAAAAAAGAGGAUGAAGAGUCAGAUGUUUCUUCUCUCAAAUCCAAACCACCGACACCAUCAAAGACAGAUCCCAGUAUGCCGAGGUUUGAUAAUACAUUUAAUAGACUGAGAGAAUCCAUUCGUUGGAGACGGAAAAAGGAAGUGGAUACACUCCCCUCUGAAGACUUGGCGGAAAAAGAUCUUGGCGAUGACUCAUCAGCCACCUGUCUGGAGAAUGAAGAGAAAAAAGAGGAUGAAGAGUCAGAUGUUUCUUCUCUCAAAUCCAAACCACCGACACCAUCAAAGACAGAUUCCAGUAUGCCGAGGUUUGAUAAUACAUUUAAUAGAUUGAGAGAAUCCAUUCGUUGGAGACGGAAAAAGGAAGUGGAUACACUCCCCUCUGAAGACUUGAAGGAAGAAAAAGUGACUUCUACUUUUGAGGAAUUCCUUGAAAUGCAAGCCUUUUGUGAAGCCACUCAGCAACUGAUAGACAGGGAGAAGCAUCUGUUUUGGGAGACAGCUGAGGCUAACAAGGAAGCAGUAGAAAAGCUUGCUGCAGACCAUAAAGCCCUUGAAGAGUGUGUAUGGCAGAUUGUGCAGCAGAGUCUUUCUCUCAGCACUGAGGAAGCAUCAGUGUCUGCUCUGAAGUCUGCAGUGAAAGCCAUCAACCUUGAGGAAGAGCAGGACCAGCUGUGGAAACAAAGAUGCCAGACUCCACCGGCCUGGAGGCCCAGUGAGUGGAAGAAGCGCCAUGAUGAAGUCGUUCAAAAAUUAGUAAAUGGGCGUAUGGAUAAUCCAUCGAGCCCCACUGGUGACCAGAUGAACCAGUCAACUAUCCAGGCAACUAUCCAGUCCAUGGGCAGGCAGCUGAAGGAGGACCUGCACUGGGUGGUGGAGGAGGUGAAGAACUGCUACCCACCAGAGAUGGACAUCUGUAAUUUCUAUGCAAGACAGUACCAUCAAACUUUCAAGGCCAGGCUCAGAAAGAUUGUGGGUUCUGUGGAUGACAAGGACUGCAGUUUCCUCCUGCGAUGGGUGAAUGAAUCUUAUCCAGAAAUGUUUGAUAAACCUGAACUGGCCAGUAAUAUCAAUACUGAAGUGUUGGGAAACCUGCUUCCUGACGAGUUACUGAAACCUCUGGAGGAGAAGUACCUCAGCAAACAACAGAGUGACCUGAUGAUGUUUAUUGACCGAGUAUUGAAUGAAGCAAAGAAAGAGUGGGAUCAAGGAAAGGAGCCAACAAGAGAUGAUGGUUGCUACGUCAGUCCCGUGGCCUAUGAUGUCAUCCAGUUUAUCAACGGCAUCGUGACAUCAGCACAAAAAGUUGUAGGAGACCGACACAAGGCCCAGAAAAUAACAUCCAACCUGACAGACUUCAUGCAGAGGUAUAAAGAGUUUCACGAAGACAUCAUUAAGCAAAACAAACUGCACAGCAAAGCUUUCAUAAAGGCAAACCUCAGCUGUGUCGAACAGUUCAGGGACUUCCUUGUGAAGCACAAUCUGUUCACAGAGGAUGUGCGGAAAAACUGUUUGCAGGUCCUGACUGAGAUGAAACAGUCUGCCCACACUUAUUUAUUAACUCCUGUGCACAAGAUCCUCAAACCACACUACCAGAAGGUGGGAACCAGUGACUGGCUGAAGAAGAACACGUUUGAGAAGCUGCUGAAAAGCACUGAAGAAGAGCUUCAAGAACUUCAGGGCUCGAGUCAGUCCUCUUACCAGGAGCUGAUUGGUCGGCUCCACCAGGAAGUGACAGUAGAGUAUGUCCAGAGGCUCCUGAAAGGAGAGGUCAAACUGAAGGACAGCAAUCAGCAGCAGAAGGCUUACGAGACUGUGAAAGAAAAUGCAGAGAAACUGCACGAGCUGUUUGCCAAAAUGGGAUCCAAAAAAGACUGGUUAAAGGAAAUCCUGACCAACAUUGCAGAAGUGCUAAAACUCCAAGAUAUUCCUGCCAUACAGAUGCAAAUCGUUUCACUGGGAUCUGCUUAUCCCGACCUCAGUGAAAAACAUGUUUCAGCUCUGCUUAAACUCAAAGCAAACCUCUCCAAAGUUGACAAGAAAACUAUCAAAACCACAGUGCUGGACAUACUGAAAGAAAGCCAUACUAAUGUUGAAACCGGGGCGUUUUUCUCCAAAGUUGAAGUGAUGGGCAGUUGA